AUGAAAUCCAGUUUUCCAAAGACCGCAGUGCUCGAUGAUGAUGAAUGGGAGCGCAUGUCCAGCUACUCCUUGGUAGCAUCGCACAACACUGGCUUCAGCAAAGGAACUUCUGCCCUCAGACCUGAUGGGAGACUGUUGAACUUUGAGGUUGACGAGUAUCUCAUCAGGCAUACGAUUGCCAGAGGCGUCAAAACUCGUCUGGACGAGGGGCUUUGGCGUUUUGAACUGCGAGGAGUUCGGGUUGUGACACGUGGUGCCGGAAUUGACCUGGAAGUGCAAGAUGCCGAUUUUGUAGCCGGUUUCCUGCCAGUGAGUGAGCAGAACGGUGCUAAGCAGAAGUACGAAGUGCUCCUAGAACAACUAGAGAGGGCCUUGGAUGAGGAGGAUAUGGUGAGAGUGCUGGAAGAGCAGCUUACUGGAGAGAAUGAUGUGGUGAUUCCACUUCUGGUCCAGUGCCCUCCUGACUGUCCUUUGUUGCAACAUUGUGCAAAGCAGGGCUGGGCAUGUGCUGUGAGGUGGUUGUUGGAUAAUGGUUUUGCCGCAGGUCUUGGAUAUCGCUGCAAACAUCGAAUGACGCUCCUCCAUUUUGUAGCCUGGGAAGGUCGCAAGAACGUCUUGGAAGAGCUCGGCAGUGCUGCCAGAGAUCUUUGCGAUAUCCCCAAUGCGUUUGGAGAGCUGCCCGAGCUGAGUGGCUUCAUUCGUUCUCGCCAACUGGCCCUCGAGGAGCCAGAGGGAGAGGACCAAGACGCCUUGGCAAGUGCUUGUUUGGAAGUCGCCGUUGCAUGCCGUUGCCUUCGCACUGGACAUGCCAGCGCUCAAGAUUUUGUGGAGGAUGCAAAUGCGCAGAUUGCUUCAUCUUCGUCGUUUUCAGAGGUGCUACCUCGAAUUCUCACGGUACUCGCUGCGAAUCACAAUCUUGAGCGCUUGGUGCUUGAGUACUGUGGCAUUGGCAGCGAGUCUGUGCGCCCGCUGGUGCACUUCUUGUCCAACCUGAGCCACAGGUUGGCCUUCCUGUGGCUUUGUGGCAACCCCCUGGGUGACGAUGCCGUGCAGCAACUGCUUCCGGAGGUGCACGGGAAGGUCGUGAGCCUCAAUUUGUCUGGCACAGGUAUGACUGCAGCAUCUUUGCCAGCGGUCGGUGAAGUGGUUCAGCAUGGUGCAGUUGAGAAGCUGAGUAUUGGUGCCAACAAUUUAGCAGAGUUGGGAUCAGCAGAUCAAUGCGUGCAGAUGAGGACCUUGGCUAUGAUGAUGAGUCAGUCACCAUCUCUAAAAUCCAUGGAUUUGAGCAAGACUCGACUCACUCCCGGGCAACUGACUCAUUUGGCCCAGAUGAUUCGACGAGCGCCUGCACUGGAGACUUUGAUGUUAGUUUCCGUCAGCAUGACCAUGGAAUUUGCUGAGCUGGAUGGUCGAAAUCCCUUCAUCCAAUCCAUGCACGAUCCAAUGUGCAAGGUGCUGCGGCUAGAGACCUCUCUGUUGGAAUAUCCACAGCUCUUUCGAGCGUUUAUGGCAGCAAAGAGGAACCGGGGGAAGGGCAAGGGAAAGCAUGGGAAGAACACGUCCAAAGGUUCGAAGGGCUCAGAAGCUUUCCGGCAGAGUUCGGACGAAGUUGGUAGAAGAGCAGAUACUCUUUGCUUGCCAACUUCAUUGUUCGUCCGGCUGAAAGGCCUUCGACAAGUCCAUCCAGACCGACCAAUGGCAGCCUGCUUCAGCACAGAGAGCUACGGCAUCACUGCAGAUUUGGAAUUGGACCCUGUCAACGGAAGCGCUGGAUCCCAGAUUUUUCAAGCUUACCUGCAAUGUCGCAACAAGGGGACGACAACCCUCCACGUACUUGGUGGCUCGGUUACGAAUCAACCAGGCUACCUGGCAUGCACGCGCUUGCAGGAGGUCUCACAAGAAUUUGCGGCCCUGGACUCCAUUUGCCUACUCUUCCACAGGAGGACAACAAAUGAUGUGCUGCUGGUCCCUGAGCGUACACCUGCCUCGAAACUGCUCAAAACUCGUUUGGACGACUUUAUCUUGGAUGACAGCUAUGUUCUUCAAGACCGCUUUGGCAUCGGUCGCAAGUCAUUACGGCGUCUCACUGGCACUCAAAUCAUGCAGGACGUUGACUUUUGUGACUUUUCAGCAGAUGAGCUCUUUCUCCUUGCCAACUUGGCAGAUCUUGAGAACUACAAGACAUGGAUUGGUCAUGACGUUUUCUCAGUGAGGCACUCUGUGGAUUUCCAGCGUCUCAGGCAACAUCCAGAGGUUCUAGAAGUGAUACGUCAGUUCAAGGUGGUUGUGGAUCAGGAAGGGAUCUCCAGGCCAACGCGACCUACUUUGCAGGUACCCUCAGAUCCUCAUGUGGCCACCAGGGUUGCAGGAAGGGAUCAUGAACGGCAAGUUGAUUUGCAGGCCAGCAUUCAAACUUGCGUCUUCAAGUGGUUUACCGCAAUGGUGAGCUGCCAGGAGCUUUCCACCGGAUCCGUGAACUGCUUAAGUCACGAUGGUCGGUGGAAGCGAGUGUUGUAUUUGGUGUCCAUCGGCGAGGACAUGUUGGUGGAUGGAGAAGUCAAGGGCUUACGCCAAUCUUCCGCAGAAUGGAUUCCUGUAGCCGAACUUCCGGAAGCAUUGCAGGAUGACAAGUUCCCAAUGCUUCGAUCCGUGACCUCCUUGCUCCAAAGAAGUCCGACCCACCGACUCCAAUGGCAGGCUGAGGCAGGGCCGCAAUUCAAGAUCAAUUGCUCCAGCAGAUCGACACCCGGUGACUGCACCUUGAGGGGUGCCUUCAAUGCCUGCAGAAAAAAUGCGGCUGAUGCAUCAUCCAAACUUCGAUCUCCGGUGUCUCCUGUGAGGCGAAGCAGCACCAGCAUUGCUGGGAAGAAUCUCAGCAUUGCCAGUUUGGCGGCGCUGGGAAAAAAUCUCUCCGCACUAAGUGCACUUCAGCCGCCAUCGUGCGGUGCCCAGGAAGAGAAUGGACCCUUGCGGAUUUGCAUCCUGGGAGGAACUUCAAUCCAAAGGCAUGAGACCGAGCUCCUGGCUGCCGCGAUUGCCGAAAACCUCGCCACGAUAUCUGGGUCUAUCUCGGUCUUCACUGAAGGUAUGCCCGGUGUACAGCAAGCAUUCCUUCGCGGCAGUGAGGGGCUGCAGUUAAAUCACCUGGUGCCAGAGGGUCAUGCCUGCAGCUGGCCCGGCCGGGAACUGGUGGCUGGGAAGGAUAUCAAAGAGCGGAAGGCGAUCUUCAGCAUGCUGGGUGAUGUCUACAUUGUUCUGGAAGGCGGUCCUAAUGUGGCAGCUCAAGUGAAGGAGGCUUUCCGUCGCGGUGCACAGAUCAUCCCAGUGGUGCGCAGUGGUGGUGCGGCGUCGGGGCUCUUCAACUUUCCGAAGGAGGCGCUCGCCAAGCCGCCUUUCGCCAGCCAAGAACAGUGGCAGUUGUUGAGGGAUGAGGCAGCGCCAGUUCCAUCUACCGCUGAGGCUGUGGUAUCCAUUGUGGAAGAAGUCCUGAGGGAGUUUCCAGAUGGUUGUGGACGUAGAUCUAUGGAGGAUCCAGCGAGUCCAUCGAGUCCCGCCUCGUGGAAGCCUCUCUUGGAGCGCGCAAGCCCCGAGGACCUUCACACGGCUGCUGCCAGUGUCCCAAGUGUAGGCGAAGCGGAGUUGCUGGCGCCCAAGGCUUCCAGUGCCACGCCCUUUCUUUUUCGCCCUUCGCGGAUCAGAACGGAGAUUCCUCCAGCCACCCCUCGAAAUAAAGCUGCCUGCAAUCGACGACAAGCGCGAGAUGAUUGGAAUACUCAGGAAAUCCUGCUGGAUUGGGCUGUGGCGAGAUAUCCAGGGCGCAAAGUGCGGCAAAGGUUCGAUCUCCCAAAGCCCUUGGCGGAGUUGAGUGAAUUCCGUGCGCACUUCAAUUUGAUCUUCCCAUCUCUGGAAAUUCAGCAAUGGGAGGACAAUGAAACUGCAGAGCAAGCCGCGCAGCAGCUGAACUUUGCUUUCCAAUGUGCCGACCGUGACGGAGACGGCCUUGUGAAUGUUCGAGAGAUGCACUAUGGCCUUCAAUGUGCAUAUGGUUACGAGAGACUCACGUCGGAUGCAGUUAGACAGCUGGCCUUCACACCAGCUGCUGAUCGGCUACAGGAUCUGAUGGAAUCCCUGAACGAAGGCUUGGUCUCAGCUGCCGAGGUGCAAGGCGUUCUGCGAGAAGCCAAAAUGAUUGGCGAGGGACGGCCUGCUUUGUUGUGGGCGCUCGGCGCUUGGUACAUUAAUGUGGAGAGGAGCAACAGCCCCUGGAUUCAGGUCCUUCUGGCCUCCGUGCGGCGCUGGAUCCCCAGCGACGAGGAACACCACGGCUGGAUGCUCCAUGCUUUAGCGAAGGCCACCAUGGAACUGCCCAAGACGCUGCCGUUGCCGCGGCGCUUGGGGGGAGAGCUCCGGAAAGCAAAUGGAGGGCAACGGGAAGAAACAGCCUCCAGAGCUAGCCAGGCGUGUGUCUUGAUGCUUUCCGUAUUGAUUCAUAUGUUCUACCUCUGUAUGUUGAUCUUCCCAAGUCUCCUGUUUGGGCUGCUGAUCUUUUUGGGUUCAGAGCACGGUGACGAUCGAUGUCCCUACGAUUUGGAUGCCUUGCUGGUGUGGUUUGGAGCGCUUGGCUUAGCUGUUUUGGUCAUGGACUGUGCCAAUGAUGGUCGGCUGGGCAUCUCAAUCGGGGUCUACAUCUUGAAGUUUUUUUUGGCAUUAACCCCAUUGCUGGGGAUGGCUUGGACGCAUAGUUUGAGACACAAAGAUGCUGACAUUUGUGGCCCCUACGUCUUUUGGACAUCCAAAUGGAUCUGGAGUGCCAUCGCUUCCUGCGAAAUGUAUGUCAUUUGUUUGUUGGGUUGGAGCUUUCACGUGGCGCGCAACCAUGAACGCUUCUUGCGGCGUGCAGCCUCUGGCGAAGACGAUCUUGUUGAUCUCGGUCCGGAGUAUGUCAUUUGUUUGUUGGGUUGGAGCUUUCACGUGGCGCGCAACCAUGAACGCUUCUUGCGGCGUGCAGCCUCUGGCGAAGACGAUCUUGUUGAUCUCGGUCCGGAGAGCCCGGUGACCAACGAUGCCUUGGUGUCGCUGCCAGUCCCUGGGAUCCCUGGGAAGUCUCCGUCGGCAUCCAACCGACCUGCCUCCGCGACAUCGCCGGUAUCGCCUGGAGGUUCUCCAGAUGCAGCCAAAGCCGUUCCGGAGCGCUCGGAUAAGGUCACGGCCCCACUUCGAAGCCCCGUUCGACCCAGCUCGGCUUCAGGGCCCGAGCGACGGGCUGCCGCGACGGUCCAACGCCCCACUCCUGGCACCUCGGGCUCCGCCAUGAAGGCAGUGCAGAAG